AUGGCCAUGGCAGAAACUUCAGACCCUCCUCACGUCCGACAUAGUCGCCGCAGACCCUUUUCAACAUGGAUGAAACGAUUGACCAACCUCAAAAGCUCAUCGUCCUCAGAUUCACAGUCUGGCAGUAGAUCAUCCGGGAAACGAAGCAAUAAUGUCAAGAAUGGCAAACGACAGAAUGGCGGUGCAAUAAACAAUCCAUACCCCUUGUCAGGCGCCAUUCGUGACGUUGUGUCGCCGCGCAGCUAUAACGAUACCGUGUCUUAUACGGAGUCGACUGAUGCAGGUCAGCAUCACCAAAGAGCCAGCCAGCAAUCAUUGCAACCUUCUACGUCGGAACAAAAUAUUCCAGGUAACAGCGCCAAAUCGACUGCCCCGACUCUAUCCACGAAUGGCGACACUGCGCGAUCUGAGGCUGGUUACUCAAAGGCUGGGACUACGGUGACGGGGCAUGGAGGAGUGUACGGAGGCGGAGAAGGAAGUACAUUCUCAUCGCCAGCGCCGUCGGUGCGCUCGUUGACGACGACCUUGACUACCGUACAAUCUGCGGCACCAUCUGCACAUGUAUACGGAGUCGCGCAAAACAACCAAAACGCCAACGUGCCUACAAGUGCUGCCCAGAAUAAUUUGAACCAGCAAAAUCAAUUUUCACAUCAAUUCCCACCUUCUCCUGCAUCUGCUGUUCCACCACAUCUCGCGGGGCAUCCGACAACAUACAGUUCCGCAACAGCAAAUAAUAUAUUGACUGACAACGCGUCGAUUCUGACACUUGCAUCAUCCUCCAAACGUCGGCGCAGAAACUCGCUCGACACCAAUGCCUCGGUGCGCGCAUUGGCACCUUCGUCGAUGUUUGGGGGAAGUCGCGAAAGUCUGCCGUUGAGCGUGCUCAGCGCAAACGUCGGGGCCGAUGCAUCCAAUGCAUCUAUAACAAAUGCCUCGGGCGUGCUCAGCCGCCAGAGCCUAGGUGGACUGGCAAGUGCAGAACGUAUUAGUGUCUACUCAGCACCUGGAACCGUGCCGCUUGUCCCUGGUGGUGAUAGAAGUAGUCUGAUCGCUAGCAAGCAGGGUGAUAAUGGCAGUGUGCGCAGUGGCACACAUUCGCAUACUCGCAACGAUAGCGCGGCUGGUAGUGUCACGGGCACGAUCGGGAGCACCCUGAACAAUAAUACCUCUGCCGGCCCGAACGCAACCAUUACAUCAGGCGCAAUGCCCGGUCGGAUAAGCCGUCGCAGCUCAGGCUGGGGCGAGAUCUCAGGCGAGGGUGAAGGAGAAGAACAAGGAGAAGGAGAAGGUACCCAUCAACAGGGACAAGAUGGGCCGGCAGCAGAGAAGGCCGAAGAACUGAAUCAAGAGCAUAAUAGUCUUGCGAAUGGCGAUCCGGGACCUUCUGUUGAUGAAGAGAAGCAAUAG